ACAAAAAGGGAACAUUCAGCCAUUACACUGCGAUGAGGUGUGCGGGGGAUUUUGCAUAGAUUAUCAAGCAAUCAAGAAGUAAAUAAAAAUUUCUGGAGUUGCUGAUCACACCUUUGCGCAUAGGUGUCUGGGUGUGUGUGGCUGGAUUCUUUGGGUUCUAUACUGUUCUGGGGUGUAGCUGUAGGUUAUUUUCCAUUAAUUUGGGUGUAAUUAGAGUAGUUUCUUUUUGUAUUUAUCCUGAAAAUGACGGCUCAGGUAGACUACCUGGCGGUGUUGUUCACCACCACAUCUGGCGCGAGCGGAGACCUCUUGGGUUCGGACGAGACGGAGCUCGAGCAGUUGGUGUGGCAGCUCGUGGACUUGAAGAACAAAAAGUUGGGAAAGGUGAAUGAGGUGUUAAUAAGGCCUGAGCACUCGGACCUUACAGAAGAUUGUCUGGGGGAGAGAGAGGACAGCGAGGAGUCUGUCUCUACAGUCACAGGCUUGGAGAACGCGAUAAACCAGUUCCAUCUGAGAUUGACCAAUGAGGUGAACAGCUUAGGCGCGGGCACGUCAGUGUGUGUGUGUACGGACGGGCAGCUCCACAUUCGCCAGGUUCUCCACCCCGAAGCUGCGGGCAAGAACCUGGCACUGCCAGAAUGUUUCAACUCCUUUUUUGACCUGAGGAAAGAGUUCAGGAAGCACUUCCCGUCUGCAGACACCAAGAGCCUGGAGGUGCAGUACAUGGCAGAAUCUCUCAGUGUAACUGUGGAGCCAGUAGCCAUAUUGGAGCCGCCGACCGUACUGGAUCCAACGGCUGUGUUGGAUCCAACGGCUGUGUUGGAUCCGACGGCCAUGUUGGAUCCGACGGCCAUGUUGUCACCGGUCACAGCAGUACUGCAGGUCCAGACCAUGGCCAACAUCGUUCUAGCCCUGCUAUUGGAACCCUUAUGUCACACAUUCUCAAAUCCAGAGAGAGUCACUGAGAAGUUUGAAAGUGGCACUUGCAGUAAGAUGGAGCGUGUGUGUGACAACACAGUGAUCAGAGCGAGGGGGUUGCCGUGGCAGUCAUCUGACCAGGAUAUCGCUCGCUUCUUCAGAGGACUCAACAUUGCCAAAGGUGGUGCUGCGUUGUGUCUGAACGCCCAGGGUCGGAGGAACGGAGAGGCUAUGGUCCGCUUCAUCAGUGAAGAGCACAGAGACAUGGCCCUGCAGAGACACAAACACCACAUGGGCAACAGAUACAUAGAGGUGUACAAGGCAACAGGAGAAGACUUCCUUAAGAUAGCAGGCGGUACCUCCAGUGAGGUGGCGUUGUUUCUGUCUCGAGAGGACCAGGUGAUUGUCAGGAUGAGAGGUCUUCCCUUCACCGCCACACCUGACCAGGUGCUGGCCUUCUUCUCCCAAGGGGAGGGGCCUAAAGAGGCGUGUCCUGUCAGUGGUGACAAGGAUGGCAUCCUAUUUGUGCGUUUCCCUGAUGGAAGGCCGACAGGCGACGCCUUUGUCCUAUUCGCCAGUGAGGAGCAUGCUCAGUGCGCUCUCAGGAAGCACAAAGACAUCCUGGGAAAGAGAUACAUUGAGCUGUUCAAGAGCACCGCCGCUGAGGUGCAACAGGUGUUGAACAGGUACACGUCAGCCCCUCUGAUCCCCGUGGCUCCAGCCCCCCUGGUGUCAAUGUUGCCCUCUGUGUCUCUGUUGCCCUCUCCUGGUGGUGUGAGGGACUGCCUCAGGCUGAGGGGGCUGCCCUACACCGCCACCAUAGAGGACAUACUGGCCUUCCUAGGAGAAUACACACACGACAUCAGACCACAUGGAGUACACAUGGUGGUCAACCAACAGGGUCGUCCGUCAGGGGACUGUUUCAUCCAGAUGCGUUCAGCAGAGCGGGCUUUCUCUGCCUCCCAGCGGGUCCACAAGCAGGUGAUGUCUGGUCCGGGCCAGGCUGGCAAGCGAGGGGUUAACAGCCGCUAUGUGGAGGUGUUCCCCUGUAGCGCUGAAGAGAUGGGUCUGGUGUUGAUGGGAGGCUCCCUCUCACACACACACAUUCACACACACACCCGGACCAGGAGUGGGACAGGGCUCAGCCCGCCGCCAUGUAAGUCCAGACGUCUGUCUCCUCCCUCCUACUCCUUCCCACCCAUUCCUUCCAUCAUGCCGGCUGAGGCUGCCGGCCUCUUCCCUCCCAUUGGGCAGGUGCUGCUGAGUCCCCGCCCUCUAGGACCUGGACACGCCUACUACCCAGCUAGCACUCAGCUCUACAUGAACUACACUGCAUACUAUCCCAGUCCCCCAGGUUCUCCCAACACUAUAGGGUACUACCCCUCUCCCACCCCCCUGCCCUCCCCUGGGGGAGUGGUCCGUAUGCAUGGCCUCACCUAUAAAGAACUGCUCAACACCAUUCAGGGAUACCAGAGUCCUAUGGAGGCAUUGCCUGUACUGAGCAGUAUGAUUGGUCAGUCCAGCAGCGGUGAUGCUCUGAUGCCCUUCCCCCCUCUCCUGACCAAGCAGGGAGGGCACUACCUGGACCUAAACAUGCUGUAGAAGGCUCAAAGAUCCACACACUGACACUCACUACCCACACACUAUACCAGGGGUGUCAAACUCAUUUUACCCCAAGGGCCACAUUGGGGUUUCACCCAGAUCUGGAGGGCAACAGUGAAAAGUGGUUAUAUUUCCUUUUUUUAUAUAUAUAUAUAACACAUGGCUCUCGAUAUUAAACUGUGCCGAAAGUUUGACAUGCCUGCACCACAAUAUCACACAACACACACUCCUGCACCACAAUAUCACACAACACACACGUGAGCAUGCACCCCCCCAAAGGACAUGUGGGGGAAUGUCCUGGCCUCCAGCUCUGAUGUGUGUUCCCUGUCUGAGUUUUGUGGUAUAUACAGUGUAUAUGCAUGAGAGCAGAAAUGUAUUUUAUAUCAGAGCUUUGCCUCAGCCAAACAGCAGCUCUGUCUUAUAUUGCACAUAGUAUUUUCAAAAGCUUUCUAGAGAGACGUUCUAAGGUGUUACAACCACUUCAGGAGACGUCUGUUAGAAGUAGAGCUGCGUUUAGUACUAAUUAUUGAUCGGAACCUUUCUUCAUGACUUGCAUGCAUUUGUGUAUGUGUGUAAGUGCUUGUGAAUGUGUGUGUGUGUGUGUAAGUGUGUGGAUGUGUGCGUAAGUGCGUGUGUGUGUGAGAGAGAGAGAGGAAUGUGCAUAGUGCACUACUCUCUAGAUACUAUAUGUAUAUAUUUUAUACUGUCUGUCUAAAAACGUUAUAUUACAUUUUAUUUCUUUAUACUUUCUAUAAUUUUACAAUCCAAUACUAGAAUGUUGUAUUAGGAAGCCUCCUGCAUGAAGAAGUUAGUAGUGCUAGCUACACUCAGAUGUUUACAUGUUAUGGAAAAUAUAAAGCACUGCUAACCAAUCAGAUUACUAUACAGAUUAUACUGUAUAUCAACAGCAUAGUGUCUGACAUAAACAUUACAUGUAGUUAUCAAAUGCUGAAUCACUCCCACACCCCUCCCAUCUAACCUGUUUAUGUUUGCCUAGUUCCACUCCACCCUUGCCUUUUGUAUGUGAUGCCAAGCUGAGCCCAGAGCCAGGAGAUUACUAUUCCUGUUGCCGGUGGUGUAAAGUACUUAAGUACAAAUACUUUAAAAUACUACUUAAGUAGUUUUUGGGGGGUAUCUGUACUUUAUUUGACUAUUUAUAUUUUUGACAACUUUUACUUUUACUCCACUACGUUCCGAAAUAAAAGUAUGUACUUUCUACUCCAUACAUUUUCCCUGACACCCAAAAGUACAAGUUACAUUUGGAAUGCUCAGGCAGGACAGUAAUAUGCUCCAAUUCACACACCUAUCAAUAUAACGCGUUGUAAUCCCUACUGCCUCUGUUCUGGCAGACUCAAGAAAAGAAAAUACUGCGUGUGUUAAUGAAUUUACUUUUUUUUACGACAGUUGAGUACUUUUUCCACCACUGUACUUAAGGACAUUUAAAACCAGAUACUUUUAGACUUUUACUAAUGUCAUUUUCGAUUAAGUCAUCUUCACUUUUACUCAAGUAUGACAAUUGAGUACUUUUUCCACCACUUCCUAUUGCCUUACCCAGCUCGGUCCCAACUCACUGUGAUGGAGAUUUACCACUGUGCUCUCUGGUUCCUUACUGUAAUGUCACUGUGCCUGCAUCUCAACAGUCUACUUCACUGACAUAAAAGGAAUUGUUCUCAUCUAUCAUGAGUUUUCAGAUCAGUGCAGACUAAGGAGAUGAGGCAAGGAGAGGACCGCGCUUCAGACUAUUGAAACUCAACCAGUGUGUUUUACUCCCAUGAAGGCCAGAUUAGACAGUAGAGCUAUAAAUGGCCCAUGAUGAUGUAAUACAUUGAUGUCUGCUGUGACUGUGGGUCCCUGGCUGUCCAGGGAACUCUCCUGUGACCACACUGACACUAAUAAAUAGAACAUGUGAAACAA